AUGCUGUCUAUUCAAGAGCUGCCACCCGUUAUCGAUGUGUCAAGAUUCUCACAAUGGAGAAGACUCAUCAGAAGCACGGCGUAUGCUCUCAAAUUCAUACGUAUCGUCAAAAAGGAAGAAAUCAGAGGGCCAGGUAUGUCGGUGCAUGACAUAUCAAAAGCAGAAGAGUGGUGGCGGAAGAAAGUCCAAGCAGACUCGUACUCGAGAGAAGUUGAACUCGUGAAAGCCAACCAUGUCCCACCAAAGUCGUCACGACUCCACAAAAUUGACCUCUACAUCGACCCCGACGGUGUCAUGCGAGUGAGAGGCAGAUUAGAGAACGCCACCAUUCCCAUCAAUGUGAAACAGCCAGUAGUGUUGGAUGCUAAACACCCAUAUGUACGUCUGCUCAUCCUUCACUACCACAACAUUUGCGGCCAUCACGGUCACGAGAGAAUUGGAAAUGAAAUCAGACAGCAACAUUUCAUCCCAAGUCUGCGCGCAGCAGUCAGAAGCGCCCAGAAUCAUUGCCAAGUUUGCCGAUUAAGAAGAACUAAGCCACAAGCACCGAUCAUGGGACAAUUACCAAAAUUCAGAGUGGAAGGAAUUCAUCCAUUCAACCAGACCGGCCUCGAUUACUUUGGCCCGAUUGAAGUCAUCGUAAAGCGUGGCAGAGAGAAGAGAUACGGUGCGCUAUUUACUUGUCUCUCUACCAGAGCGAUUCACCUGGAAAUAGCCGGUUCCCUAAGUACGGAUUCAUGUAUUAUGGCCCGGAGAAGAUUCGUUGCACGCCGAGGGUGCCCAGCAGUGAUCCAUUCGGACAAUGGAACCAAUUUUCAUGGCACCAACAAUGAGCUCAAGAAAGCCAUACUUGAGCUGGACCAGUCCAAGAUCGAGGAGGAGUGUCAAUCCAGAUCAGUUAAGUGGAUCUUCCUGCCUCCAGCAUCGCCACAUUUUGGAGGAAGUUGGGAGAGAAUGGUGCGCUCUGUCAAGAUCGCAUUAGGUGACACCCUUACCCAGAAAAUCCUUAACGAAGAAGUUCUCCAUACCGUUCUAGUGGAGGCGGAACAUACCGUGAACAGUCACCCGCUGACCCAUGUUCCAGACGACCCGAGUGACCCAGAAGCUCUCACCCCUAACCACUUCCUGAUGGGGCGAACGAGUAAUCUUCAGCCGCUUGGCCACUUCUCCAGAGAUGACCUGUUUGGUAGGCGUCACUGGCGAAUGGUACAGCAUUUGGCUAAUCAUUUUUGGAAGAGAUGGGUACGCGAAUACCUGCCUACGCUGCUACAACGCGAUAAGUGGCAGCAGAUAACCCGACCAGUCAAAGAAGGAGAUAUCGUAUUGGAAAUCAACCCCAAUCUCCCAAGAAAUUCAUGGCCGAAAGGACGGGUCAUCAAAACCUUUCCUGGCAAAGACGGUAUCAUCAGAGUUGUGGAUAUCCGUCUCGCAAAUGGACACAUCUACAAACGCCCUGUCGCCAAGCUUUGUGUCCUCGAUGUGCAAAACAGCGACGAAGAAAAGAAGACGUCGCAAACUCCGGCUCCGAUUAGUUGUAAAUAA